CUUCAGAAACAAUUUUUUGGGUUUUGUCGUGUUUUAAAUUUCACUCUUGUGGCUGUGACCGGCCCCAGAGAUAGAUUCAACUAUUUUUUAUUGCACACAGCACUGAUUUCUACAACUGAAAAAAAUACAGCCCACUUUCCUACUCCAUGAUUUUAGGCAGCUAAUAAUAUUCGAGAUUUUUUAAUGUGCUUAGAAUGGAAAGUUAUUAAUAACCAUUUGAUUGCAUCGAUUGGAAUUUUAGAACUAGAGGUUUGAUCUGUUUGCUUGUUCGUUCUCUGAGAUUCUCUUUUGGAAUUAAAGGGAACCGACCAAGAUGGGUGAUGUGGCUAAAGAUCUAACUGCUGGGACUGUUGGAGGGGCAGCACAGUUGAUAGUUGGGCACCCUUUCGAUACCAUCAAGGUCAAACUCCAAAGCCAGCCCGUUCCACUUCCUGGCCAGCCUCCCAAAUACUCGGGUGCUAUCGAUGCUGUGAAGCAAACAAUAGCUGCAGAAGGCCCGAGGGGUUUGUAUAAAGGCAUGGGGGCCCCGCUUGCCACUGUAGCUGCCUUCAAUGCAGUGCUAUUCACAGUUCGGGGUCAAAUGGAGACAUUAUUGAGGUCUGAACCCGGUGCUCCUCUUACAGUGAAUCAGCAAGUCGUUUGCGGCGCUGGAGCUGGGGUUGCUGUGUCUUUUCUGGCCUGUCCUACCGAAUUGCUAAAAUGCAGAUUGCAAGCUCAGAGUGCAUUGGCAAGUGCUGAUUCAGCUGCCGUUGCUGUUAAGUAUGGUGGACCAAUGGACGUGGCUAGGCACGUUCUUCAAACAGCAGGUGCGCGGGGUUUGUUCAAGGGAUUGGUUCCCACCUUAGCACGUGAAGUACCGGGAAAUGCUGCCAUGUUUGGUGUAUAUGAAGCCCUUAAAACCUAUCUUGCUGGAGGACGGGACACUUCUGAAUUGGGACGAGGUUCACUAAUGUUAUCCGGAGGAUUGGCUGGAGCUGCGUUCUGGCUUUCUGUUUACCCGACCGAUGUGGUCAAGAGUGUAAUUCAGGUUGAUGAUUACAAUAAUCCUAAGUUCUCGGGCUCUAUUGAUGCAUUUAGGAAGAUCUUGGCAUCUGAAGGAGUCAAAGGCCUUUACAAGGGUUUCGGGCCUGCAAUGGCCCGAAGCAUUCCAGCAAACGCAGCGUGCUUCUUGGCGUACGAAGUAACGAGGUCUAGUUUAGGAUGAUUAUUGAUUUGGACAUCAUCGAUUAUGUAACAAUUAAUUCUUUUGGUACUUGCUGAAGAUUGUAUUUGAAAAUGCAAUUCUCUUGGAUCUUGGAUUAUAAAUCCUCAUUUAUCUUAGGACUAUUUUGGAAUUCUUACCGUGAGAUUAAUACAA